AUGGCGAACAGCAGGUAUGAAUAUGUGCGCUUGUUUGAGCAACCCGACAUCCUCCUGGCCAACACAUGGAUCGUCGUGCGAAUCGAUGGCCGUGGCUUUUCAAAGUUCACGACCAAAUAUAACUUCACCAAACCCAAUGACAAGAAUGGCAUCGAUGUCAUGAACGCCGCGGCUAAGGCUGUCAUGCAAGAAAUACCCGACCUUGUCAUGGCAUUCGGCAAUAGCGAUGAGUACAGUUUCGUCUUUCACAAGGACUGUACCUUAUUUGAGCGACGAGCAAGCAAGUUGACUACUACAAUCGUUUCGACUUUCACUUCUUACUAUGUUUAUUCUUGGGCCAAAUACUUCCCGCAAAAGCCUCUCACGCCCCCACUGCCCUCUUUUGACGGUCGCGCCGUCUGCUACCCAAGCAAUACCAAUCUCCGCGACUACAUGAGCUGGCGCCAAGUUGAUUGUCACAUCAACAAUCUAUACAAUACCACAUUCUGGGCUCUUGUGCAGCAGGGCGGUAUGGGUCAUCGUGAAGCUGAAGAAAGACUAAAAGGGACGGUAUCAUCCGACAAAAACGAGAUUCUGUUCAAAGAGUUUGGAAUCAACUACAACAACGAGCCAAACUGCUUUAGGAAGGGGACCGUGCUAUACCGAGACUUCUUCCCCCCAAUAUCACCUGAAGAGUUGCCAACCCCCAUGUUUUCGGAAUUCCCUACACCACCCCUCGCUCAACCAAAACCCACGAGGGUGUCGAAAGAUCAACUGUCUAAAUCUAUCGAAAAGGCUGUGACUACUUUGCCAGAGUUGGAUACUUCUGUGGCAUCGCCAGAUUCCUGCUCGCGUCCAACAUUUCUCUCAACCACGUCGACUCCCUCGCCGCCACCAUCACCACCACACAUGUCGAGGGCAGCAUUUCCCAACCCGCUCCGCUCCAAUCCUAUCAGCACUCGGAGUAGUGCUAAUGUUCCCGACUCUUCUUUCCCACUUUCACCACCAUCGACUGCCACCUGGGCUAGUAAACCGCAGUGCAAUGGCAAGCAGCCAUUACCCUCGCUAACGCCUCUGCCUCUUUCUCCGCCAACGCUGAAGCCAAGCACCAAGCCUCCGAUGUCUCUGAACGCACCGAAUCCAACCACACGCACAAACUUCUCACCGACAACACCACAGCAUGACUUUCCUGCCGAUUUCCCGAUAGCAGGAUACCGCCACAAAACCUCGUUGUCAGUUAACCGGGGCAUCUCACACUCUGCUUCGGCUUCCCUCACGACAGCACAACUACCACAAGAUCAGCAUCCGGGACUCAAGCGACGCUCACCUAGUCAGCCAUCGCUCCCAACAUACUUUGAUACGGCUGCCAGAAGCCAGACAGGGCCGCCUUUCAUACCUUUGCGUAUGUCAAGCAUCCCCGCCAAUAAUAAGCCCAGGAAAUUGUCACUGCCUGUUCACCGAUCAUCUAGCACACUGAGAGCCACCAGAGGCACAGAUGAGAAGGAGAGCGGGGCGAGUCCUAACGAGGCAGUUUCCACACCGCUCCGCAGAGUCAGUCCUCCAAUGCAAAAGAACAAGGCCCUACCAAGUCCACCGAUGAGCGCAGAAGAGGAGACGCGGACACGAGAGAAGGUCAUGGCCAGCAGCCCGAAGCAUGACUGGAACAACUAUUCCAUGGUCUACAACGCCGCUGAGCAACCUAUACGGAGAGCCAGUGGCUCUGAGAGUCAAGCCGGCCGAGCCUGGACCAGCGAGCAGGCUCCACACCCAGGCAUCCCCGAACUCCCCGCCAUCUCAACCCAACUCCCACCCUCCGCCUCCAGCACCACAAAAUCCCCCCUCACAUCCGCGUCCCUCCAAUACCCCCACCCAACCCCAGACAUGCACACCCUCAUCUCCUCCACCGCCGCCCCAUCACCCCCAAAAUCCCAACCCUACGCCACCACCCAGCCCUUCCCCAGCAGCAACACCACCAUGCCCCUCCGCACCAAUCCCCCGCCCGCCCUCACCAAGCCCAAGAAUAAAGACACCGUCUCUCCCAAACAACCAAAUGACUCCCAGAAGCGCAGACACCCAGAGUCGAAGCGGAAAGAAGGAAAGAGAGGUACUACUACCAGUGGUGGCGAUGAAGGACGCCCCGUCAACAUGAGUCGUUCGCAACGCGAUAAAGAUCGCAAGAAGAGGAGUAAAGCGGCGAUUCUCAUGGAACAUGUGGAUAUUAUCAAGGAUGAUUUUUGGGAUAAGCGGCCCUGGCUUCUGAGUGGGAAGACGGCGUGA